GAGAAGAACCGGUAACAGUAAACACUCACCCACCGCCGCAAUCACCCCCUCGUCUUCCCGAAUUCUCCAAAAAUCCAACCAAAAAUGAAACCCUAACCCUAAUUCUCCCUCCAAAACCCUAGCUUAAGCCCUAGAAAUCAAGCGACAAUGAUGUCCGAUUCCCCCUCCGACUACUCCCGCCACCGCGCCUUCAUCUCCUCUUCAAUGUCCGCCCCGAAUUUCCCCACUUUCUCCCCUUCCUCCUCCCGAUCGCCGUCCCCAAACCCUAACCCUAACCCUAAUCUCCGCCAUAGCUCCUCGUCGUCUUCUUCAUCGCGCCUCCUCUCCUCCUCCUCGUUCGCCCACAACGGCCGCGUCGCCCUCGCCCUCGUCCCCUCCGCCGCCUUCCUCCUCGACCUCGGCGGAGCUCCGGUGAUGUUAACCCUAACCAUAGGCCUCAUGAUCGCCUACAUCCUCGACUCCCUCCGCCUCCAAACGGCGUCCUUUUUUGCGAUCUGGUUCUCUCUCAUCGCCUCUCAAUUAGCCUUCUUCUUCUCCGCUUCAUUCUCUCUCUCGUCGCUCGCUCUUACUGUUCUCGCCCUCUUCCUCUGCGCCCAGACCACGUUCUUGAUCGGGGUCUGGUUCUCUCUCCAGUUCAAGUGGAUCCAGAUCGAGAACCCUAGCAUCAUCAAAACCCUAGAGAGACUUCUCUUUGCCUGCCUUCCGAUCACGACCCCGGCGCUCUUCACCUGGGCGGCCGUCCUCGCUCUUGGAAUGGCAAAUGCGGGGUACUAUUUGAUGGCGUUUUCUUGCGUUUUUUACUGGGUUUUCUCGAUCCCGAGGCCUUCGAGCUUCAAGUCGAAGCAGGACUUGACGACGAGCUCGAAUGAGGAUCAGAUACUCAGCCCUUUGGAGAGCUGUGUGCACACGCUGUAUCUCAUAUUCAUGCCUGUGAUGUUUCAGAUUGGGUCGCAUCAUGCGGUGAUCUUUAACUCGUUCUCGUCUUUGUGUGAUAUUUUGUUGCUGUUCUUUAUACCGUUCUUGUUCCAAUUGUAUGCAUCGACGAGGGGAGCAUUGUGGUGGGUUACGAGAGAUAGUUAUCAGGUGCACAGGAUUAGGGUUGUGAAUGGGGCGGUGGCUAUGGUUGUGGUUGUGAUCUGUCUUGAGAUAAGGGUUGUAUUCCAGUCAUUUGGACGGUAUUUGCAUGCUCCACCGCCAUUUAAUUAUCUUCUUGUGACGGUUGUGAUGUUGGGUGGGGCGUCUGCUGCUGGGGCCUUUGCUGUUGGUAUGAUUCAGGAUGCUGUUAGUUCAGCGGCAUUUACUAUUCUGACUGUUUUGGUUAGCGGCGCCGGUGCUGUUGUCGUUGGGUUCCCAAUUAUGUUCCUUCCUCUUCCCAUGAUCUCUGGCUUCUACCUAGCUCGAUUUUUUACAAAGAAAAGCUUAUCAUCAUAUUUUUCCUUUGUCACUCUAGCAAGCUUGAUGGUGUUAUGGUUUGUUGUUCACAACUACUGGGAUCUCAAUAUUUGGAUGGCUGGCAUGUCUUUAAAAUCCUUCUGCAAAUUGAUUGUUGCAAAUGUUCUACUGGCUAUGGUUGUUCCUGGUUGUGCACUUCUUCCUCCCAAAUUGCAUUUCUUGACUGAACUUGGUCUAAUUUGUCAUGCAUUGCUUCUGUGCUACAUAGAGGAUCGCUUCUUUAAUUAUUCUGCAAUAUAUUUCUUUGGAUUUGAUGAUGAGGUGAUGUACCCGAGUUAUAUGGUCAUGACAACCACCUUUUUGGGCUUGGCUUUGCUGAGGAGGUUGUCUGCUGACCGCCGGAUUGGACCAAAAGCGGCUUGGAUAUUGACUUGUCUAUAUUCUUCAAAGCUAUCAAUGCUAUUCAUUACAUCCAAAUCUGUUCUAUGGGCGACAUCUAUUCUGUUAUUGGCAGUUUCCCCGCCAUUACUUCUUUACAAAGACAAAUCUAGAGGAGCUUCAAAGAUGAAAGCCUGGCAAGGUUAUGCUCAUGCAUGCGUUGUAGCANAUGGAAGGCCACCCUCAGAUGGUUUGCUUUUGGGUGUCUAUAUUCUUUUGACAGGACUUGCUUGCAUACCGAUUGUUGCUCUCCACUUUUCUCAUGCUCAGUCAGCAAAGAGAUUCCUGGUGCUGGUGGUAGCCAUGGGUUUAUUAUUUAUCCUUCUGCAGCCGCCUGUUCCUAUCUCUUGGGCUUUCCGGUCAGAUUUGAUCAAAGCGGCACAUCAGUCUUCUGAUGAUGUUUCGAUAUAUGGCUUUGUUGCUUCUAAGCCUUCAUGGCCUUCGUGGCUCCUUAUUGCAACAAUCUUACUCACACUGGCAGCAGUCACCUCCAUCAUCCCGAUCAAAUAUAUUGUAGAGCUGAGGGCUCUUUAUGCAGUCGGAGUAGGAAUAACAUUAGGCAUCUACAUCUGUGCAGAAUAUUUCUUCCAAGCUGUGAUCCUCUAUCCUCUUCUCAUUGCAACGAUCGUUUGUGCUUCAGUCUUUGUAGUCUUCACUCACCUACCUUCAGCAUCCAGCACAAGGAUCUUGCCAUGGGUAUUUGCUCUUUUAGUAGCCCUUUUUCCUGUAACUUACCUUCUUGAAGGCCAAAUAAGAGCAAAAAGCCUCGAAGAAGGUGAAGAAGCAGACAAGUUCACUACUAUGUUGGCUAUAGAAGGAGCUAGAAUGUCGCUCUUAGGGCUUUAUGCUAUGUUAUUCAUGCUUAUUGCUUUAGAGAUAAAGUUUGAACUAGCUUCAUUGAUGCGUGAAAAAGCCCUCAAUAGGGGUUCUGCUCCAAGCCAGCCUGGGCGUAGCAUUGGUUUCCCGCCAAAAUUGAGACUCAGCCAGCAAAGAAGGGCGUCUACUGCACCCUCCUUCACUAUCAAGAGGCUAGCAGCUGAGGCUGCUUGGAUGCCGGCAGUAGGCAAUUUUUCAACAGUAUUAUCCUUCAUCAUAUGCCUAAUUAUAAACUUUAAUCUCACUGGUGGGUCGAACCGUGCAAUAUUUUUCCUAGCGCCCAUCUUAUUGCUUCUCAACCAGGAUUCAGACAUUUUGGCUGGUUUUGGUGAUAGACAGCGGUAUUUCCCAGUAACAGCCGUUAUCUCGAGUUAUAUGGUCCUGACCGCUCUCUAUAGAAUAUGGGAGGAAGUGUGGCAGGGAAAUUCUGGGUGGGGGAUUGAGAUUGGAGGACCUGGAUGGUUUUUUGCCGUCAAAAAUGUUGCCCUUCUCAUUCUCACAUUGCCGAAUCAUAUACUUUUCAAUAGAUUCAUGUGGGAUUAUGUGAAGCAGACGGAUGCGACGUUGUUGCUGACGUUGCCUCUUAAUUUGCCAUCCAUAAUAAUUACGGAUAUACUUACUGUGAGAGUUUUGGGGUUGCUGGGAGUUAUUUACUCUCUGGCUCAGUAUCUGAUAUCAAGGAGGAUAAGGAUAGCUGGAAUGAAGUAUAUUUGAAGCAGGCUAGAUCGGCGAUAUAAUUUUGAGCUCGGCGGCGACGUUUUAACACCAACAAACCCUAAAGAACAAGCUGUGGCUGCUUCUAUGAAGACAGCCACAGGGUUUGAAGGUUGCCAGCAUUUCUGAAAGUGUAUUUCUUAUGUAGACUUGUGAAGGGUGCUCUGAUACUUUUAGAUCCAAGAUUUUUCUCUUAGAACUUGUAUGCUAUAAGAUUUAAGGCUCAAAUGUAGAAGAGAUGACGUUUCUUUUCCGUAAAAGGUGAGCGGCGGCUAUGUUGUACGAACUAACUUUAUAUCUAUUUGUUACAGAUGAUGGGAAAAAUUCCAUGUACAAUUUUUAUCUUCUUCGUA